AUGGGCGGCACGCAGGACCAGCGCGACCGCUCGCCGCAGGCGGCGAGGCGGCUGCGCGGCACGCAUCGCUGCCACUCGUGCGGCUCCACGAGCUUCGAGCCCGGCCACGACGGCGGGCUCACCUGCGUGGAUUGCGGCGUGCAGCUGCGCGGCUUCGUGGAGGAGCAGGCGGACGCGGGCGUGGCCGACGGCGCGCAGCUGCGCUAUCGCGUGCACUCGGCAGGUGGGCCGUCGACGCUGGCCGCCGCGACAGUGCAGCCAGAGGCCGCGCUGCCGACAGUGCGGCUCGCCUUUGAGGCGUUCCAGGCGCUGCUGCUCGCGCUGCUGCGGCCGCUCGAGGAGCGGAUCGGCGCGGCGGCGAGCUCGCGCGGCGGCGCCGAUGGCGCGCUGCGCGCCUCGGCGCACUCGCUGUGGAGGCACACCGCGCGCCUCUUCUCCGCACGGCCGCUGGACGAGGAGGUGACGAGCCGGCGGGGCCUGCCCAAGGCUGCGGUGGGCGGCGGGCAGAUCGUGCUGUCCGCGCAGCUCGCGCUCGCGGUGCUGCUGCUCGCGUGCGAGGAGGGCGCCUCCGCCGCGGGCGUCAGCGCGGCUCACCUCGUCGAGUGGUGCCGCGCCGGCCAGCUGCCGCUGCUCUCCUUCGCCCUCACCGCGCCGAGUGCGUACCUGCCGCUGGUCCGCUGGCUGCCGGGCCUGCUCCGCCCGUACGGCAGCGGCUCCUCGGGCAGCAGCUUCCCGACCGCCGACUCGCUCGCCCUCCUCGCAACGCGCCUCCGGAAGGCUCUGCACCUGCGCGCCCCGCCCGUCCGGCUGCAGGUGCUGCUCGGCCGGCUCGCCGCGGACGCCGGCCUCCCCGCCGAGGUUGGUCGUCUGGCGGUGCGGCUCGUCGGGCGGGGGGUCGAGGCGGCGGUGCGGAAGCUCGCGCCGCAGGCGGACGCCGAGAAGGAGUCGGACCUCGCUCUGAGCGGGAGGGCGCAGGUGGCGGGGGCGGCGGCGCUGCUGGUGGCGGUCAAGCUGAGGUGCGACGUGGCCGCGCCGCUGCUCGACUACUGCUCCGCCGGCGCGGAGGCGACGGAGGAGGAGGAGGCGACGCAGCUUGGUGGUCAUGGCGACGCGGGUGCAGCGGGGGCGGAUGCAGUGGGUGCAGCGGCGGACGCCCCAUCCGCAAGUGGUGCCGCCGGGGAAGACUUUUGGCGUGGGCUGCAGCCGGGCCUGCUGCGAGCGCUGCUCGGCUGCCCGCGGCUGGGUGACCCGCUCCUGCAGGCGGAGGCGGAGGAGGUGCGGGCCCCGCUCCUCUCGGAGAGAGGCGCGGCUGUCGAGGCGCAGGCGGUCGCAGCGGUGCACAGGCUCGCCGCGUGGAGUCCGACCGAGCUGCUGCUUCUGCCGCCCGAGGCGCGGUGCGCGCACGCGGCGUGGGCCGCGCACGAGCUGCUCGACCCGGCCAACCGCGCCCGCCUCUUUGACGAGCAGCUUCACGAGAUCAGCGACUUCGAGUCGCGCGCACGGGGCGCGCUGCAGGCGGAGCCCGGGCUCGGCGAUGGGGGCGAUGGCGACGUGUCUUCGCUCCUCGGCGGCGCGAGCGCAGCAUGCGCCGCGCGCCGCUUUGUGCGCUGCGGCUCUCGCGCCGCCGCAGACGGGCCGCGUCACGCGCUAGUCGUGCGGGCGCUGGCUGCGGUGGCGGGCUGCUCCACCGCGCGAAUCGAACGCGCCGCGGAGCUGCUGGAGCGGCGAGCGUUCCCGCCGUACAAGUGCAAGGGCGACCUUCUCCAAGUCGUCAAUGCGCCCGGUGGCUCCGGCAAGACUUUAGCCUUGGCCACCCUCCUUGCGGAGCAGGAGGAGAUCCGCUCUCGGUCGGCAACGUGGCAGCUAGUCGCGGGACUCGGUAGUUGUGACCCCCCUGAGUGA